GGGGCGGUUCUCUUUACCUGUGUUCCCUCCGUCCCUCCCUUUUUUUCUCUCUGUGUCCCUCUCUCUCUCUCCCUCUCUGUCGCUCCUGCUCUAGCUCUCUCACUCCAUCUCACUCUCCCUCUCUCUCUCUCUCUCUACCUCUCCCUCCCUCUCCCUCCCUUUCCGCUCUCCUGAAAACGUGGAGGUAGACAGCCUCGGCGGGAUGCUUGCGACGAUCAGUGCGUGGUUCUGGUGGGACCGCCUCUGGCUUCCUUACAACCUCACCUGGACCGACCUGGAGGACAAGGAGGGGCGUGUCUACGCCAAGGCCUCCCACCUCUAUGUCGCCGCGCCCCUCGCGCUGGCCUUCCUGGUCGUCAGGUACCUGUUCGAAAGCUUUAUUGGUACGCCAUGUGCAGCCUUACUGGGAGUGAGAGAGCAGACCAGGCUAAAAUUAGCCCAUAACCCAGUGCUCGAACUCCAUUUUUCCCAUUCCAAAAACCCUGGACAGGCAGAUAUUGACGGACUGUCUAAGAAAUGCAGCUUGACACCCAGGCAGGUGGAGCGCUGGUUCAGGAGGAGACGGAACCAGGAGCGUCCGGGCGUCCUGAAGAAGUUCAAAGAGGCCAGCUGGAGACUAGCCUUCUACUUUGGUGCCUCGCUCGGGGGACUUCUGGCUCUAUAUGAUAAAGAAUGGUUUUACGACACUCGGCAAAUGUGGGUCGGCUACCCGAAACAGUCAAUGCUGGAGUCCCAGUACUGGUAUUACAUGCUGGAAAUGGGCUUCUACUGUUCUCUUCUUCUCCGCAUCACAUUUGAUGUGAAGAGAAAGGACUUCAAGGAACAAGUUAUUCACCACUUGGCCACCUUAAUCCUGCUGAGCUUCUCGUGGUGUGCAAACUAUAUCCGCGUUGGAACACUGGUCAUGCUCGUGCACGACGCCUCCGACGUUCUGCUCGAGUCUGCCAAAUUAUUCAAUUACGCCAAAUGGGAGACGACCUGCAAUUCCAUCUUCGUUGUUUUUGCCAUUGUGUUCUUGGUUACCAGGCUCAUAAUCUUUCCAUUCUGGAUCAUCCACUGCACAUGGGUAUACCCUCUGAACCACUACCCGGCCUUCUUCGGAUAUUACUUUUUCAACGCCAUGCUGGUGGUCCUCCUGCUGCUUCACAUGUUCUGGGCCUACCUCAUCCUGCGCAUGGUCAAGAAGUUCCUCUUCGGCAGUUUGACGAAGGAUGAAAGGAGCGACAAUGAGGAGGAUGAGGGGGAGAGCAGCCUGACUGAGGAUGGUGACGGACACCCGAAGGCCACCAACGGCUCGGCGAAUCACCAUUGACGGGCGGGACCGUUUCGCCCUCCUGAGCCAAUCAGAGACGAGGCUGCCCUGUGCCAGGAUUCUACAGGAACUAUGGAGUUACUGGUGACGUGUGAUGACAAGAGAACUAGUAACCCAUGAAAUAAACACAACCCAAAAACGAACACAAAGACAUACAAGAUACAAGCAAACAAAUCAAAAACGAAAAACAGAGCAUUUCAUGAACUCAACAGGGGGAUCCAGCGUGUGGUCAGAAAAUCACAUCUUUCAGCAAUAUUCGGGAAAUACAACAAUCCUUCAGGAGUUUCCUGGGAGACACAUUUGUUUCUUUGGAGACGCUGUGUUUCUUGGCACCCAGGCGCCUCUUGCUCAUCUCUUCUCUUAACAAGAGCCCUGUUGCUAAUGGCACGGCAUCACAUGGACAAGCUGAUAACUGAGCAAGAGCAGAGAACAAAUAAACAUCAAACUGCUGUUUUUCUUCAUCAGCUCGGCCCAAUGUGUUUCUCAUUUACGAGGAACAACAAAAGCAUCACCAUAUGCCAUUACGUUUCGCCGUGUCUCACCCACCCCCCCAGGCCUGCUCUCUCCAUGGUCAGGAGGUCCUAUCUGUUUGGUUUCACAUCAUCCUCUGCAGGCGGGAGGAUUUUAUAUGUAAGACUGACUGAGAUGACCUUUUAUAAUGUGAUUUUUCAAAGAAGAAAAAAAAACGUGAAAAAAAAGAAAUAGCAGCAAAAUGCUUUGUCUGUUUUAUCUGUUGUGGUUUAAGGUUUUUAAGCCCCUGUGAAAUUUCUGUGAAAUGCAUUGUGAAUGCGCUGAGAAAAAAAAGGGACAGAAUCCAGUGUGGUUUUUGGUUUCUCGUCUUUGACUUCAACAUAUGUGGAAAUGCUGUGUGUUGUACCCCUUUGGCUUGUUCAAAGCGGACACAUGGGGCCUGAUGGACAGCAAGCAGAGUCUCUUGAAGGCCUCCGCAGCUUUUCUCCUCGCUGUAAGAAACAUCUGCUCAUGUUGUUGCACGGCAGAAAACCUACAGAAGUGUGUUUGCUUUACACUACUGGAACAGUACAUGGCUGACAUGGUUCUUGCUGCUGCUGGGUGAAACACAAACCAUGCUGUCCAACAAGGAUUCUGUAAAUGCAAUUUUUUUAAAUGCAAGAUUUGAUUAUGGGAUUAUGAAGAUGCUCCUACAUACAUGUGCACAGUACUUUAUUUUUUAAAGUGGUGAUUCACUUUAUCAUACCACUGAAAGGUUCAAUACAUUGUGUCGUGUGAAACACGUUCUGCUGCAGUAACGUUGAUGGACUAUAUUGUACCGGGAUGAAGUGAAGCUACUGUACUGUGCUGCUGAAAUCAUGUUAAUGAUAACAGAGAUGUGUUGGGGGCUGGGGGUGACAUAAGGGAAAUGUGAGUUCCUUUAGUGUUGUACAGUUUGUGUUGAU